AUGAUGAAACUGCCGCCUCCUCUGUCGCCUCCGAUCCUCCGACUUCAUCUCAUCUCGCUCGCUCCUGGAAAAGAAAAGAAAUGCUCCAAUCUUCUCUGCGCCUCCCGCUGCUUGAGACUCGAUGGAGACGUCAGGGAGAGGAGCCAGAGGGGGGAGAAGGGAGAGGGGGCCGGUCUCCGUCUCCAUCUGGGUGUAAUUCCGGGGCUGCCGUGCCUCUCAGCCCUGGGUUUGUUCUAUGAAUGUUAA